AUGCAGUUCGUCGUGGUAGAUGGCGCCUGGCCGGUUGUUCCCUGUGCGGUUCCGCGUUCCCAACUCGAGGCGCGUGCGGCGCAGGGCACCGACCCCGGCGAGGAAGGCGGUGGCCGCGCAUUGCUCCCGGGCCGCGCCCUGGUCUCGCUAUGCCAAGAGGUGUUGGACGCCUCUUCUGCGCAGGGCAAGGCCCCUCCGACCCUCAGAGCGUUGCACGUUGCCCUCUUGUGCGACCCGCACCGAGGCCCGCCGCGAGCUCUCCGCAUUUACGCACCGGCAAGUGUGGGGCACCAGCUUUUUGCGGUGCAGGACCUCGUUGGCCCAGCGUGCCUGCUCGCGUUCACCUCCCGCCGGGAGUCCCUCAUCUCUGCGGCUUUACUGACCGGUGCGAGGCCUGCCCACAAGGAGGGAGCUGACGCCACAGGACCUUCUGCGCGCCGCACGGAGACAGAGAGUGGGGGUGGCACUCGUGAGGAGCCAGGGUCAAAGGUAGGUGGCCUCGCAGGGCGCGGUGUUUCCGCCCUACAGAGGUUUACACGCGCCGAAACGUACUUUACGUCGGUUGCACCGACGGCGCAGAGGGAGUUUGAGGUGGUGAACGAGCUGCUUUUGUCGGGGAUGAUCCGCAUGAGCGAAUGCGUGGAGUCGUUUGUCUGCAGCGUGUGCGGAAGCUUGCCACGGCGAACGAUGACGACGUCAUGCUGCGGCGCGGUGGUGUGCUCGGCGUGUGCCCCGACGUUGUCGCCGUCGUCAGUCCUCGGAGAGGAGGCGGUGUGCGCGGUGUGCGGUGAGGUGCCUCUCACGAACCCCGAGGCCCACGCGGGGCGCGACGCGGAGGUGACGCGGUUGGUGCGGGAGCUCCGUGUGUUGUACCGUCCGCAGAUUUCUGCGCUUGCGUGCCGUGCCCUGCCGAGUGAGCGCCAACCCCCUCCCACGCCGCUCACUAUGCGCCACACGGGAUUGCCUCUGCCGCUGUGCGACGUGAGUGGGCCAACAGCUUCCGUGCUUGGGUCCGCGUUUAUGGGACCGGCGUGA